UUCAGAUCACUCUAAUGUCGAUCAACAGUCGGUACUAAGUGAUAGUGUAGCACACAACUCACAGCGGCAUUCAUAGCUUUAGUCCUGCUUAGUCAAUUCAAAAGGAUAUAAAUCAGUACGUACAUACCAACACCGUCGUCAUGCUGCCACAAAGAACUAUGGAAUACUUAUUUUAUUUGGGAUUCUUUAUUCUGCUGUUGAGAUUUGCCGAUGCAGAUGCCGCUACUGUACGCGCUUUCGAAGAGCCUGCCAGUGAGAAUAGUCUAAAGGCGCCACCCGCCUCACAUUCCAGCCCCACCGAGACCACAGGUACGAGCAACAGCAAUAACAAACGUGACGUAAUGAAACGCGCAUUUGAAGAGUGUAAAACACAGCUGAGCUGGAUGUGCUUGAAAAUUGAAUUUGUGAAAAUUAUGGAGCGUUUGAUGGAAAGGGAUGAGCUGAAACUAGUGCCUGGCGUGAGUGUAGUGAGAAAUGCCAAUGCCACAGAAGUGAAGAGCAACGACUUAAUGGCAGAAGUUGCACGAAGCUACCCGAAUGAUCCCAACUCACGCCUCAAUGGAUACAUUGUGAACAAAUUGAGUAGUUUCCUGCAAACACACUUCCUCCGUUUCAAAUUGAUCGACAGCGAAACAAUGGCGGAGGCCCGUUCGGCUGUGGAGACAGGACGUAAAGGAAAAUUUGGCAAAAAAGGUGGUAUGGAGGCGCUCAUCGCCGCUGGUUUAAUGAUGAAGGGAACUCUCAUGGCCAUUGGUAUGGGUGCUGUGGCGCUAAUGGCUGGCAAAGCACUCAUGACGGCACUAAUGGCCCUAACACUAUCCAGCGUAUUGGGUUUGAAGAGUUUAGCCUCCGGCGGUGGAAAGUCCACAACAUACGAAAUUGUUUCCAAACCCGUAUACACUUCAAGCCAUUCGCACUCCUAUGAUGAAGGACACAGCAGCGGGCACGGACAUAUGGGAGGUGGCCACAGCGGUAGCGGUUAUGGGGGUUACGCGCGGAGCCUAAAUUUAGAGUCACCGAAUGAGUUGCAGUGAAGAAGCUUACCGUAUUUAAUUCAAGCUUAGUUUUAAUCUAGUUUGUAAUAAAUUAUUGAACGUUUUAUAUACA